AUGUUAAAAGAAAAGAAAAGAAAAAGACAGCAUUUUUAUUUAGGAUGUGCUUUGGUGUCUUCUUUGUCGUCGUCACUGAGGACUGUGUUUGCUUUGCUCCGCCCAGAAAGAAGAAACCAAGAACACCUGUGGGGUGUGGGUGAGUAGAGUAGGCAUGGAAUUUUGGAUUAAUUUCUUCUGUAUCCAAUACAAAAAUCCAAUUCCGCGCGCUAACGUAACACAGCUCAGCUGCUCCGCUGCUAUUUCCCUUCCCUGGAAUAGAUUAUUUUUUAAUUGUAUUUCAGUCAUUAUGAAUAUAGGUGAGGUGGAUGAAGAGUUAACCGCUAGCUCGCAGCCAAUCGGAUUUAUUUGGUGCUGACCCAUGGGAGCAGUUGGGCUGACGGCAAUGUAUGUAUUGUUUUCAAUUCAGCGCUGCUUUCCUUUCCGAUGUUGUCAGUCAGGUGUGGACGGACGGGUAGAAAAUAAAAGAUUCCCACUAAUAGGAUGCUUUGCAUACCUUGUGAGGUUGUAUUAUUUGGAAUUGGAAAAUGGCUCUCGAUGUUCGCACUGAUUCAUCAGAUUAUCGUGUGGAGCUUCUUUCCCCGGCUCCGGGGGUAGCUGGGGAUAGUGAAAUUCUCACUCGGGUCCCUUCAUGGCGCCUCAAUUUUAAUGAACAUAGCCUACCUCAAAGACGUGCUAAUAGUCAUUCUGGAUUUGGAAUGAUUCUUCAAUCCUUGAGAAGGCAAAGGAAAAUUAUGCAAUAUUACAAGAGGCAAGAAGAGCUUCUCAAAGGUUUCAAUGAAGUGGAUGAAUUCCUUGAGUUAGGUUACUUGCCAGGAGCUUUGUCAGAGGGUGAAAUGAAGCAAGCUGAUAGAAGGGAAAAAAUAGCCAUUCAUGCAUCUAACAUAGCCAACUUUGUGCUCUUUGUUGCAAAAGUUUAUGCUUCUGUUGAGAGUAGGUCAUUAGCUGUGAUAGCAUCAACAUUGGACUCACUUUUGGAUCUUUUAUCAGGAUUCAUCUUGUGGUUUACAGCUCAUUCUAUGAGCAAACCAAACCAAUAUAGAUAUCCAAUUGGAAAGCAGAGGAUGCAACCAGUGGGAAUUGUUGUGUUUGCUUCAGUUAUGGCAACCCUUGGAUUGCAAAUAUUGUUUGAAUCCGGUCGACAACUUAUCAUGGGGUCUCAUCCUGAAAAAGAUGCGGUGAAGGAAAGGUGGAUGAUAGGGAUUAUGGUAUCAGUGACAAUGGUAAAGUUUGUUCUGAUGCUAUAUUGCCGGCAAUUCAAAAAUGAAAUCAUCAAAGCUUAUGCUCAAGAUCAUUUCUUCGACGUCAUUACUAACUCAGUUGGACUGGGAACUGCAGUUCUGGCAAUACACUUUUUCUGGUGGAUUGAUCCUGUUGGGGCUAUCAUUAUUGCUUUGUACACGAUGAGUACAUGGGCAAGAACAGUGAUGGAGAAUGUUGGGUCACUGAUUGGGAGGACAGCACCAGCAGAGUACCUAUCAAAGCUGGUGUAUCUGGCUUGGAAUCACCAUGAAGACAUAAAGCACAUAGCAACAGCAAGAGCAUACAAUUUUGGGUCGGGGCGAUACUUUGUGGAGAUGGACAUAGUAUUACCAGGAGAGACAACGCUGAGUAGAGCACACAACAUUGGAGAGUCACUUGAAGAAAAGAUAGAGCAGCUCCCCGAGGUGGAGCGAGCUUUUGUGCAUGCAGACUUCGAGGCUGUUCAUCAGCCAGAGCAUAGCCAAAAAAAGACCAACAACAAGUGAAAGAAGACUGGUUCCAUGGAUGGUGUGUAAUUUAAUUUGUUGUUAUACAUACAUAGUGUCUAGCUAGUGUGUAUUGUAUUGUAUUGUAUUGUAUUGUGGACUUGUGGUGUGUGUCAUUUUUGCUUUAAUUAAUUGUUUGUUGGAGAUGAGAGCUGAUAAGCUCAGGUUUUGAGUUGAUAGUGGAAAGACUGGCAGGGAGGCAGGCGUUGUUGCUGCUAAUUUAAGUCCUUCUAUCUA